AUGCUUCCAGUAUGGAGUAUCCUAAUUGUCCUGUUUCUUCGAUGUAGCGGCUUAACUUCAAACAGCUGCGGCUUUAACUCCAUGUGUACGUGUUCUUCGGGACAACACGAUCUUGCCUCGAGGAGUUUGCACACCGUUAGCUGUCUCUCGGUGCCCUUCUACAAAUUUCCAAAUCUCCCCGAGGGAAGUAUCGGGCAGUUAGAAGUGGCGGGCGCCCAUGCCGCCUUUCUCGAGGCGGAAACUUUGGCCGGAUGCCAAGUACAGGCACUUGUUUUGACCAACAAUCGUUUGCAACAUGUGGCAGACCGAGCUUUCAGCUCGUCCUGGAAAAGUCUCACCUCUCUGGAUCUCAGCUAUAAUCAUCUUGACAGCGUACCUUUCGUCGCUCUUAAGGAAACUCGAAGUCUUCAGUGGAUUAAUAUGCACGGCAAUCAAAUAUCAUCAUUAGACGGAGAAUGGUCUCACAUGAAAAAUACCGUCGCCACGUUGUUUCUUGGAGAAAAUGACGUUACGGAGAUUUCAUCAGAUUCACCGGACCAUGCAUCGGGAAAUUUACACGGUCUUCGCCAGUUUAAAUCUUUGAUUUGGCUCAACUUGGACGGCAACAGAAUAGUUAAAAUCUACAAAUAUUCCCUUCCGCCCGCCUUACAAACUUUCAGUGUGUCACAUAAUUUAAUAGAAACUUUCCCUAUUGAUUUAGUAGCAACUUUACCUCAGUUGCAGUGGCUGUACUUAAGAGGAAAUCACAUUAAAUAUUUGCCGGAGCAUACUUUUCCUAGACGGCUUUGGAUGGAGAAAAUUGAUCUUGGAGAAAACUUUUUAAAAUCGUUACCGAAAAUCCCUUUUAAUAACAGCAUCUGUAUAAGAGAUCUAAAUUUGGCUUCAAACGAUUUUAGAACCGUAACAGCAGAAAGUUUUACAGGUUUAGAAACUAGAAGAAUCAUUCUGUCCCACAACCUCAUCGAAAAUCUCGAUCCUCGCGCUUUUAAUGGUUUAGAAGAAACGUUGGAAUAUUUGGAUUUCGAUCAUAAUAAUUUACAGCAAAUUCCCAAAGCCGUCAGCGAAUUAAAAACUUUGAAAUACUUAUACUUGUCUUCCAAUAGGCUGGUGGAUAUACCAGAAAAUGCUUUUGAUAAUUUUUGUCAUAGUUUAAAAGCGGUUAGUUUGAGCGGUAACCGUUUAAAUAGAAUACCUUGGAAAGCGUUACAAAAUUGCUCGAAAAUCUCCCACUUUAAUGUUGCUUUUAACGAUAUCGGCGAAAUAAAUGAAGAUGAUUUUCUAUGGGGCGCGGCAAUAAAAUCUUUAAACAUGGGUAAUAAUCAAAUAACAAAUCUACAAAAGAAUACCUUCAAAUAUUUACAAGAGCUUAAGGAGUUGAGCUUAAGUUUCAACCCGAUAAGAUUUAUAGAUAAAGAAGCUUUUAACGGAUUAAAAACAUUAGAAAGUUUAGAACUUUCUUUUAGUUUAAAUCCGGACGUAGACGUAGAAAAUAUUUUUGAACCCCUAGGUCAAUUAAGAUGGUUAUCAAUAGAUAACAAUAAUUUACAUUAUAUACCCGAAAACUUGUUAAAUUCUUUGAAGCAAUUGAAUUACAUUAAUUUAGAAUCCAACAAAUUACACGCCCUACCGAAAAAUCUAUUCAAAUCAAACAUCGAGUUACGCCAUAUAAGAUUAUCGAAUAACGAAUUGAGAGGCAUCGAAACCGAAACUUUUUCUCUAUUACCGAAUCUCGAAAGUAUCACUUUAUCCGGUAAUAAAAUUAAACAUAUUCAGAGGGAAAGUUUCUCCCAUUUACCCAAUCUAACAAAAAUCAUCCUUUCGGACAAUUUUCUAACUCACAUCAGCCACGAUGCUUUCUCCAAUCUACCAACCGUUACAAAAAUAGAUUUGCAGAAUAAUUUUCUCAAAGAGAUAUCGUUUAAAUUUUUCGUUAAUAUCACAAGUCCGAUUUCGUUGAACGUUACGAAGAAUCGUAUCUCAUUUUGCACAUCCGACGCGAAGAUCUUAAAUACAGAAACGUUAGACUUGAGUUAUAAUAAUUUAGAAAACGUGCCCAACUGUCUUGAGCAUACGGCUUCGUUGAAAAAGUUAAUAUUGGAAUCGAACUCGAUAAGUUCGCUCGAUCAUAACGAUUUUAUGCAUCUAACUUCAUUAGAAACGCUCAAAUUAAACGCCAAUAAUAUAUUGAUAGUUAGUAAAAAAGCUUUUUUCGGUUUACAAAAUUUACAAAUAUUGGAUUUAUCGAAGAAUUUCAUCAGUCAAAUGCAUAAUAGUCAAUUCGUUAAUAUGCCGAAAUUGAGAAUUUUAAAUUUGAAAGAAAACAGAUUGAGUUAUUUACCGAGGGACAUAUUCAGUAAUACGCUACUAGAAAUGUUAGAUUUGGGGUUGAAUUCCUUCACCGUUGUUCCGAGUAUGAGUAUAUCUGACGUCGGUAUGACCUUAAGGUAUCUCUCAAUGCGAUCUAACAAUAUCGAACAUAUAGAUAUAACCACUUUCCCUGAUGUACCCUCGUUACAGUAUCUAGAUUUAAGUAAUAAUAAGUUGACUAUAUUACCGGACAAUGUAUUCACUAGUUUGGGUUUAUUGCAAUAUCUCGAUUUGAGUUUUAAUCCUCUCCGGUCUAAUUUUAAGGAAUUGUUUCAUUAUGCGCAAAGUUUGAAAUAUUUGGAUUUGUCCAACAGUUGGAUAAUGCAAACUCCGUUCUUUCCUUUACCGAAUCUAGUUCAUUUGAAUUUAUCUCAUAAUUUGAUAGAAAAUAUCGACAAAAAUUCGAUUCAACAACUACUCAAACUAAAAUCUUUCGAUAUAAGUUUUAAUAAACUGGAAGAAGUGCCGGCAAAUUUGUGGACUUAUUUACCUAACCUUAAAAUAUUAAACUUAUCAAAUAAUCCUAUAAAAGAAAUAACCGUCGAUAGUUUUUCGGGAUUACAGAACCUUCAGGAACUCAUUUUAUUAAAUUUGAAUCAUAUCAAAAAGUUCGAAGGACAAAGUAUUUCCCAAAUAAGGGUAUUAAAUAAAUUGACCAUAGAAACUUGGCCCAAGCUCGAUCAUUUUUCCGAUCAAUUUUGUAAUCUCCUAUCCAAUUUCGAUCAAUUGAGAAUCUUGAAAAUUUAUUUUCACGAAUAUAAACUGGACGAUCAACUUUUGUGUAUAACAAAUAGAAAAAUUAGAGAGCUCGAUAUAUCCGGUAAGAAUUUAAAAACUAUCGAUAAAGACGCUUUCGCUAAAUUCGUCAGAAAUCCCGAUUUGGUUCUAAAAAUCCACGACACUCUCAUCGAAGAUCUUCCCGCUGGACUUUUCGCAAAUAUGUACAGAAUUUCCUAUUUACGAAUAGAUUUAAGAUUCAACAUGUUAUCCCAAUUAAGUCCAGACAUCUUUUAUGGGAAUACCAGCGGUUGGAGGAAUAUCGGUACCACUAUGGUUUCAGGUGGUCUCAUUUUAUCGGACAACCCAUUCCGUUGCGGUUGUCAUUUAGCGUGGUUGGGUCAUUGGUACAGACGUUGGAUAAGAGAAAGUGUCCAAUCUCAUAACGCGCCCGUAGAAAGUGCCAUUAAAAUGCACCAAAUGGUUAAGGAAGCAACUUGCAUAGACUCGAUAACCAGUAAAAUCGUUCCUAUUAUAUAUUUGCCACCGGAAGAUAUGAGUUGUCACGCUAGUGCUCUAAGCAGAGCGACGAAAGUGAAUAAAACAUUUUUGGUGUUUAUCGUUUUGAUAUUACAUUUUGAUAUGAUCAGGUAG